AUGCUCAAGAGCGCCCUCCGCGCCCUGGUGGACAAGUACCGCCUGACCAUGGUGUGCACCCCCAACCAGUCGGUCAUCCUCAGGGACAUCUCGCCGGAGCAGCGGGAGGGGGUGGAGGCGAUCCUCAACAGCUACGGUGUCAAGCCGAUCGAGCAGAUCGACCCCCUGACGCGUCUGUCGAUGGCUUGCCCCGCGCUGCCCAUGUGCGGCCUUGCCAUCACCGAGGCUGAGCGCCGCAUGCCGUCUUACGUGGAACGCAUCCGCGCCAUGCUCGACAAGGUGGGGCUGGGGGACGAGGAGGUGAUGGUCCGAAUGACGGGCUGCCCUAACGGUUGCGCGCGGCCCUACAUGGCCGAGCUCGCGUUCGUCGGAGACGGGCCCGACUCGUACCAGGUGUGGCUCGGCGGAAGCCCCGGCAACACCCGGACGGCGUACAUCUACACGAACCGGAUGAAGGACCCCGCGAUGGAGGACACCGUGGAGCCCAUCCUAACCGCUUACAAGGCAACCCGACAGAACGCCCCCGGAAAGAGCUACCCGGAGGCGUUCGGAGACUGGUGCCACCGUCUGGAAAAGGGGGGGGUGGAGUCGGCCACGGCGAAGGUGGCCAAGGCGGCGGCGGCAUGACCAGAGAGCUGAGCGCAUGUUCCACCACCGAGUUUUUUUUAGUUCUACUGGGGUGUUUGGUUGGUAGGUCUGGUUGUUUGAUGGAACGCCGAGGGGGGGUGGCGUUACUCGACGCUUGAGUUUCUCGCCUGUAGAUGAGGCUUGUUUGUGGUAGGAAGGGCCGAGAUUCAAGGUAUAUUGAAGUAGGUGAUUUGAUGACCGCGGUACAUGGCCGCAACAGACAAAUGCCUUGUCGUCGCUAUAACCUAGAUGCAUUUUUUAUCACAACAACGGCGGAGGUGGCGGCGGGGGGGUGUUUUCCUUACGGACCACGCCGUAGAUUGUUCAGUUCAAACAAGUCUGUAUUGAAUCUGAAGAAGUCGGCCAACUAGUCCCCCAUCGCCGUUGCAGGAAAAAAAACAGAAUACCAAAGGAAUACCAAAAAAGUGCGCUGCUUCUUCGGGAGUUGAGUAGAGUUUUUUGUUCUGCAUUUUUUCCGUUCCACGACUUCCUGGUUUUCCAAGCAAAGGUCGAUCUUCUCCGUGGUAAUGCUGUUUUGACGGCACAGUGGCUUUGACCUAAAGUCGGUCAUGACUCGCCAAUACGAGACACAAUGUGGUCCCAUUCCAUCCCGCAAGCUUUUCCGCCGGGCGGGUUGUUGUUGUUGCACCCAUUGGCUGUCACCACCGGCCGGAGUGUGGUGUCGUCAGGGGCCCCGGCAGUAUAAAACCAAGAGAGAUAGAGGGGGGGGGGUCGGCUUCGGAAGCCCCUGUUUGGUUUUUGUGGGAAAGGCGUCCCCCCCAAGCGGGUCGGUUAAGCAAUCGGGGGGGGGGGUCGCCGGUCGGGAUAGACCGAUAGCAUGAUGGCAUGGAGUGGCUGUGGGCCCGGAAUGUCUUGUUGUGUUUGUGUGUUUGUAUCUAGAGGUGGGUCUGCAAAGCUCAGGUAAACUGAGCUGACUCGAUCUUUUCCGCGCUCGGUGUGGCAGAGGCAGGCUUGUGGCACGCACCCUUUUUUUUCCCCGUCGAAUCGAGACAGGGGGGGGGGGUGCAAGGUGUAUCUAGCAGCGUGCGAAUUAAUACAGCGGAUGCGGGAGCUUCGCGGGGGCGUCUUUAGCAUUGUCGCUCUUGUCGGAGUUAUUACGGUACAAGGUGAAACUGGUGUGUUUCCGCGGUACGUAAAUGGAGCACGAGGGGGGUGGAGGCAAUUCCGAUAGCAGGAAGGGGUGGUGUUACUUUCAUCUUUUGACGCAUAGAAUAGGUACCAUUUUUUCCGGCGGAUUUGUUGUGCAGAUUUUUGCUUUGCAUUGGUGACGAGAGAGAAAAAACUUGUUGGGUUUCAGGUUCGUUCUGCUGCUGUAGACGGGGAAUCAGGGCACGGCGGUGUGUGUACUGAAGUAGACAAGUGUGGAUGCAAGAGGGCGGUUUGGUGUUUCAAAGAGGUUCAAACACAUAAAAGUUU